AUGCCAAACCCUCUCCAGCGCCUCAAACAACUUAUGCAUAAGACCCGGCAACGUCGGAAAGGGGCCCUCGACAUUGAAGCUCUCCCCUCCGAGAUCCGUCGUCUGCUCCUCUCGACUCUAGAUCCCGCAAGUCUCCUUGCGCUGAUCCAUGCAUCUCCCACCUACUAUCAACAGUUCCAGCUGGAUAAGAGGUUCAUCCUUCGAAGCUGUCUCGAGCUCGCACUGGGAAAAGUGGCUGUUGACGCACAUGUCGUGCAGCUGUCCAGCUCCAGAGACUUUCUAUCCAGGCGCACGCAGCAGAAGGUGGAUCGGUUCCUCGCUUCCUACCGUGACCGUCGCUCUGCGUCUCCCGCCUCCAUCUUACGCGAGGCGGAUGUUGAAUCUCUGACCAAAAUGCUGAAAUUUCAUGUUCACGUCGUGAUGCCUUUGCUAUCCCAGUACACGCGCUGCGCAAUGGACCACCUCGCUGUCCAGACGAACAUCCCCCGGAGUGCUGAUCCACAAACCCCCUCUCGAACAGAGGAAACACGGCUCAUGCGCGCGCUGUAUCGCUUCGAGCUGUGCUGUAACGUGUUCGGCCUAGGGCACUUGAGCCACCCCUUCGUGGGGAGACCAGAAUCCAUGAACGAGUACGUGCUCCAGCACCUUACGGCCAUCUUCGAACCGUGGGAGCUGGAAGAAAUCUCCUGUGUCCAUAUCUUCGCACAGGACAAAUACAACCAGGUGUUUGACGAAAUCCGCGAUGACCUUGACCGGGAUAAUCAGCGCAACGGCAAUGGCUGGUCCACUCCCGAGGGCCUGGAUCUGGAUGAGCAUACAUUGGAACGAACACGUCUCCUCAAAGGGACCAUCUCUCGUGGCCUCAAGCUCCUCCACAUCGUCUCCCAAAUCCAUGACCACGACACGCUGGUCUCCGUUAUGGAUAGCGAGAUGGUGUCUCUGGACAUAUUCAUCGGCGACGGGCUCAUGGAAGCGCUCAGCCAAGUCACGCAAAGUCGGCUCUGGGGCCUUCAACCGCAGUCGCCGCGCAACGUCCUCGUGCGGCAACGCGCGCCAAUGCCCUUCCGUGGUGACCAAGAAGCUGAAAAUGCGCCGUCGCUCGGCUGGGUCCUGCUCUGGGGCGAAACGUACAGCAACAUGUUUGGCGGCUGGACGUGGCAGCCGCUGCGGCGAUGGGGAUAUGUGAUUCGAUCUAUACGAGUUCACAUGCGUCGGAUUAUUCAUUCCGAGCAGUCACGUUCUCCUCCAUCCUCAUCCCUCAUCUAUCCCGAUCUAGACCACCCUCCGCUCAAACACAUUGUGUACAUCGCCAUCCCUUCCAGCGCCCUGCAUGCCACUCUCUCCCCACCAGACGCCUCCCCGUUCAUCAAAUACGCCAACGCUUUUCUGUCAGUCGCCUACGUGAUCCGCGCCGUCGAGUUGUUGCUCGUCUAUGACUUGCGCCAGCUGAAGCGCGCCGAGACAUCAUCUCCCUCCACCUACGUCUGGCACCCCAUCCCACCACCCCUCAGCCUCGCCCGCCUCCGCUACACCACCGAUCUCCUUCUCAACCCGCGGGGAAUCGGCUGGUCCUACGCGCCAGCCUACAGCCCUCCCCAAGCCGACAGCAACAAUGCCAGCACCCGCGCCUUCGUCCUCAAGCACCUCCUCAAACUCUUCACCACCUAUCUCCUCUUUAAUCUCCACCAGGCAACCUUUGGCCGCAACUUUCCUUCCGUCGCCGUCGCUAUCCAGACCGCCGCCAGCCGGGUCGGUAUACAGCUCACGCCGGCGACCACCGCAGACCUCGCACGACACUACCUCCUCGGCCCGGCCUGCUGGCUCGCCGCCUACGCCUUUAUCGAUGGGUGCCACGCACUGGUGGCUGCCGUGCACGGCGUCCUGCGGGCCAGUGCGCCCGCGUCAGAACCAUGGACGUGGAUGUAUCCGCCGCUUUUUCGGUCGCCGCGGGCCAUGCUCACCUGUCGAUUGCGAGAUAUAUGGGGCAGAAUGUGGCACGAUCUCUGUCGGCGCCCGCUGCUCGCAACUUCACUGCUUCUUGUCCCUGGGGGUAUCAGCGGCACCGUCAAGCGGCUGCUGGUGCUGUUAGUGUCAUUUGCAGUGAGUGGAUGCGUGCAUGCGGCUGGGGCGUAUGCUGUCUCGGGGGAUGCGUACGGGGCUGGGGUGAUGGUCGUGUUUUUUAUUGUGAUGGCCGGGUGUAUUGUGCUUCAGGAGGUGCUUGCUUUGGGUGUGCAGCGGGCGCUGGGUGGUUGGGGAUACCUAUAUCUAUAUGGUUCCACUGUAUAA